AAUGGAAAGAAUAUAGAAAGAGGAGAUCCAAUCCGGUUUCAGCUAGUUUCUGUUCCGAUAGAACAUUAACGCGUUCUUCUGUGUUUCCUAGUCCUUGUUUUUACACUUUACUAAUCGGUGCGUAAGCUGUUUUAAUUUAUUUCCUUUUUGUUGUGAAAGCAUACAAGCUUAAAGCAGCCAUGCCUAAAAGGAGCAAAGCUAACAAUGACACUGAAGCAGCUGGGCCCAAGAGACGGUCUGAGAGACUUCAAGGAAAACCCCAAACGCCAAAGUCUGAGCCCAAGCCAAAAGUGAAGAAGGCACCUGCCAAGGGCAAGAAGGCUAAGGAGGUAGAAAAGGCCAAGCCAGAGGAGAAGAAAGAGGAUGCAAAGCCCGAGACGGAGUCUGAGGAGGAAACUCCUGUGGAGAACGGAGAGACCAAAGCUGAGGGGGACAAUGGAGAAGCAGGAGGCGAGGAGAAGGCUGACUAGAAAGAGGGAGCUGCUAAAUAACGUUAAAACAUUUCACAACAGCUCCCAUACCUCUUUUCUUGUACAAUACAGAGGAAUAUUUUUACUGACUAUUUUCUAAAAAGCUGGUUUUUUAGUAGUUCAAAUAUUAGAAGCUCAUUUUAUAGACCACGAUCGAGAGAAAGCCUUAGAAGAGGGAUUCCACUUUUUUCCCCACUCCACUUUUUCCUGAAGAAGAAAUGCAGUCAUGAAACAUCUAAUGACUUCCUAUUAUUAUUAUUAUUAUAUUUCUUUUCUGACUCUGUUUUGUUUUUAAAAAAGGAGGGGAGUGGGACAGGUUGCGACAGAUAAUGUAAUGUUAUCAUGCCAUUUUAAAGAUUAAAAAAAAAUGAAAUUUCUUAAGUCUUUCAAAUUGAAACUGGGAGAGUUUGCCUGAGACACUAACAUUCCAUCGGCAAUAUGAGGGACACCUGUAUGUGUGCUUUGUUUUAUUGUUUCUGGGGGGUUGGGAUUGAUUGUAAGCUGUAUUCUAUGAAUUGAAACCUCUUUUAUUCAAACUGUUUUAUGAAUCAACAGCUUUGGCUAAUGAUCCUGCUCACUAGUACUGGAACACUCAUCGGAUGUGAGAUUUACAUUGACUUUUGUCUUUGUGUGGUGAUAGCAUUGUUUUAUAGCUGCUGUGAAAAGAUUUUCAUAAUUUCUAUAUGCAGUAUGUGAUGGUACUUUAAGAGGAUGAAAAAUGGAAUUGUGUGUGUUAGCAACGCUUAUAACAGCUGUGUUACAGUGUUAAACAUGCAGGUCGUAGCUGACCUUAUAUGAAAAUGACUGUAAUUUCAUUCAUGUGAACAUGCCAGCAGUAGCUAUAUCACUCAAGGUUUUAGGUUAAAAGUAAACGUGUACAGUUUCUUUUUUUUUUUUAAUUUUUUUUUAUGUAGCUGUAUCUGUAAUGAUUGGUAUCAUACCAAUAAAAUGGUUGUAAUUCCACCUUGA